UAAUAAAGCUCCCAUUGUUUUGGAGUUGUGUGAUAAGCAAGAGAAUGGAUUACUUAACCUUUCUUGAAAAGCCUCAUGCAGUCUGCAUUCCUUUCCCAGCUCAAGGCCACAUAAACCCUAUGCUCAAACUAGCCAAACUCCUCCACCACAAAGGCUUCCAUAUCACUUUUGUUAACACAGAAUAUAACCACAAGCGCCUCCUCAAGGCUCGAGGCCCCGACUCUCUCAACGGCCUCCCUACCUUCCACUUCCUUACAAUUCCCGAUGGCCUCCCUCCGACUGACGGUGAUGUCACCCAGGACAUACCGUCCCUGUGCCAGUACACCAGGAAAACCUGCUUGGCUUCCUUUAGAAAUCUUCUCUCUAAGCUCAAUCACACUUCUUCAUCCAACGUUCCUCCUGUAUCUUGCAUAGUUUCUGAUGGGGUCAUGAGCUUCACUCUUGAUGCAGCACAGGAACUGGGUAUUCCUGAAAUUCUGUUUUGGACAACCAGUGCUUGUGGGUUUAUGGGCUAUCUUCACUAUCAUCAGUUAAUUAAGAAGGGUCUCACACCAUUCACAGAUGAGAGCUACUUGACAAAUGGUUACCUGGAUACUGUCAUAGACUGGAUCCCAGGCAUGAAAGAUAUCCGCUUGAGGGAUCUACCAAGUUUUAUCAGAACCACUGAUCCAGAAGAUGUUAUGCUGGAUUUUUUUCAGUCAGAGACAGAAAGAUGCCAAAAAGCCUCUGCGAUUAUUUUGAAUACAUUUGAUGCCUUGGAGCAUGAUGUUUUAAUUGCACUUUCUACAUUACUGCCCCCUGUAUACUCCAUUGGCCCUCUUCAUCUACUCCUCAAUAAUGUUAAAGAUAAGGACUUGAAGUUGAUCGAAUCAAACCUAUGGACGGAAGACUCUGAGUGUCUUGAAUGGCUCGACUCAAAAGGGCCCAACUCAGUUGUUUAUGUGAAUUUCGGAAGCAUCACUGUAAUGACAACCGAGCAAUUGGUAGAGUUUGCUUGGGGACUUGCUAAUAGCAAUAUAACAUUUUUUUGGGUCAUCAGGCCUGACCUUGUCUCCGGAGAUAACGCCAUUCUCCCACCAGAGUUUGUUACAGUGACUAAAGAAAGAGGUAUUUGUUCAAGCUAUUGCGCCCAGGAAAAAGUGCUGAGCCGCCCAUCAAUUGGAGGGUUCUUAACACACAGUGGUUGGAACUCUACACUUGAAAGCAUCAGUGCAGGAGUACCACUGCUUUGUUGGCCUUUCUUCGCGGAGCAACAAACUAACUGCCGAUACAGUUGCAAAGAAUGGGGCAUUGGUAUGGAGAUAAACAGUGAUGUGAAGAGAGAUGAAGUUGAGAGGCUUGUGAUAGAGUUAAUGGAGGGAGAAAAAGGCAAAGAAAUGAAGAAGAAGGCCUUGGAAUGGAAGAAGAUGGCAGAAGAGGCUACUGCCAGUCUCGAAGGUUCAUCUUUCCAGAAUUUCGAAAAAGUCAUCAAAGCCCACUUGUCAUCGUCUAGAGAUCAGAGAUAGACGAAUCCAUGCCUGUCUGGCAUGAAGAAGGACUCCAACAAAUCUGUAAUGAAGAUACCGUUAGACGUUACUAAGAAAAAACAAGAAUAAAGGAAAUAAAAGAAAAAAAAAUAAUGGAGAGGAAUUCCUUCCUAUUUAAAUUUUACAUUGAUAAUGUAAUUUCUAUUUUCUGGAUAUCAGAAUAUUACUCUAUAUUUGUUUUUUC